AUGCUUAGAUACUCUGACAUAAUCAGUAGAUGUGUAAUAGGCAUGCAGAAGAGUGGAACACGUUUACUUAGUUUUGCAAGUGUUAAAGAUUCGUUUUCUAUAAGCUUUAAAGAAAUAUCUGAGAUUUUAAAGCCACCUAAAAUUAACGUCUGUUACAUUGGCAAUCCUGUUUUACGGCAGAAAACAACACCAGUAGAUUUGAAGACAGUGGAAACGCAAGAAUUUCAAAAGAUACUUCAUAAUUUACAUAAAGUACUGAGAAAAAGUGGCACAGUAGGACUAUCAGCGCCGCAACUCGGUCUUUCUUGGCAAUUAUUUGCUCUGGAAAUAACGGAACAAUCUUUGAAAGAACUUCAUCCAUAUUAUCGAAAAUAUAAUAUCGAACCUUUUCCAUUGACAUAUUUUAUUAAUCCAAAAAUAAAAAUAAUAAAUCCUGAGAAAACAGUGUGCUAUGAAAUGUGCGGAAGUAUUCCUUAUUAUUGUGCGCAAGUGCCGAGAGCGAAGGAAAUUCAAAUCGAAGCAUUCAAUCGAUUGGGGGAGCCGUUUCGUUUCAAAGCAAAAGAUGUGUUAGCCAGAAUUGCGCAACAUGAAAUGGAUCAUUUACAAGGUAUACUGUAUAUUGAUAAAAUGUUGCCAGAUACAUUUAAAUUUUACGAUCCGAAAUAUAUGAAAUAA